ACCUUUUGCAUUGUAAUGGCAGUGGCAGUUGGGUUUUGGAUCGGGCUUCACCCACCCGUCUCUCUCUCGCUCUCUCUCUCUAUAAAGCGAGGGGGCUGCUUCCUGACUGGACGGUCACUCAUCUUCCCUCUUCGAUCCAUUACUUCUUCAUCUUCUUCAUCUUCUUCGGCACGCAGAGAAGAUAGCUUUUGUAUGGCCGCCGCCUCGAGGAGUUCUGGGAUCGCGGGAAUCGGCAAGCGAGUCGUCUCUCAGAUCUGGAGCCCCAUCUCCCCCAACCCUGCUCCUUCCUCUCUUGCUCUCAGGAGAGCUGCUCACACUUCCGUGUAUGACAAGAACCCCGAGGAUCAAGUUGCACCGAGCGCGGUCCCCGAUGAAGUGAUCGAGGCUCCAUCCGACAAGUACUGGGCUCCGCACCCCAAGACUGGGGUGUUUGGGCCUGCGACUGACCUUCACCUUCGAGCCCACGGCGAGCUUCCCAAGCCCGGGAAUGCUGAGAGCUCGGUGCUGGAGCACACAGCCUGGUUUCGCCCCACAAGCCUCGAGGAUCUUGAGAAGCCUUCCCACCAUUAACGUCGAACACUAGCCUUUGCAGUGUUCAAGUUCGACCACUAGCUAUCAUAUGUAAGCCAACUCGGUGGCUUCCUUAAGAAGAAUAACUUGUCUGGUACCGUAAUAUAUAUUAAGUACUGAAGCUGUGGCUUUAAGCUUUGUUAGCAUGCAAGUACUACUACUAAACUGUCGAGGUAAGAGCUACGGAUUGUACCUAUGGGAUCGUUGUACUGCCCCUGGACUUUUGUAUGAAAUGUUGGGAUGUGCCUACUUUA